UCAUAAUACUAAAUAAAUUUCCUUUUCACUUCAAUUUUGAAUCAAUCAAUCAAUCAAAUUCAAUCGUUGAUGGAGGAGAGUUUCAGAGGUCGAGUAGAAAAGAUCUUCGGUUCACUGGCUCCUUCCGCCUCCACUCCUUGGUCUCUCACCGACGACGAGGUGGAGAGGCGGCGGUGGAAACUCCAAGAGAAAGACACCUCAGCCAGGGACGAAACACCCUGUUCCUCAUCGUUUUAUGAUUUCUCCAAGAAAGAUGGAAAUGAAUGGGAAAUCAGAUCGUCCAUUGGCUUGGACAACACUCUCGAUAAUGAGGAAGAGGAAGAUGAAUUUGACAAAGUAGCUUUGGGUAGAGAAAAUGCUGAUGAGCGCUUUAAAGAUCCACGUGCCAAUCACCACUCAGCAAGAAUUAGGCUGAAAGAAGAUGAAGUUGAAGCUCAAAAAAUGAAUUUUCCUCAUCCUGGUUCUGGUACAGCAGUUAAGGAAUCACAUGCUAGAUUAUCUGAAUAUGGUGGUCAACGGAAGUCUAUAUUGAAAAGGAAGAAUAACAUUGCAGAUUCUAAGCCCCAAAAACGUGUCAGGUUUGACCCUGGUUGUAAAAUUGAUGGUGAAAAAGCAUCAGAAGAAUUUGAAUAUUCUUCUUUCAGCACCUCUUCAAUGAAUCCUACUGAUUCAGAUGAUGGAUCUCAGCUUGCUCAUAAUGCUUCUAGGAUUCCGGAUUACUUAUUGAAUCCUUCUAAGUAUACACGCUACAGUUUCGAUUCGUUGAGUGAACAUGAUGAGGAAUCCAACACUUGUAUGGAUUUGCUGAAGCUGGUCAAAAGCUCAAAGGCUAAAGAGCUGGCGCCAGAGCUAGAGAAUGCUUCUGGUAAUCUUCCAAAGUCAGUGUCUUUUAUCCCAAAGAAGAGGUCUGGUGAAGCUAAAGCUGCAGAGAUUAGUAAUGAGAUCAAAGGAAACAAGGAAGAUUAUGGUGAGCUGUCCCUGCCUCGAGCAGUCUUUCCUGUUGGUAUUGCUGCUGGAGAAUCCCAACACUCUGAAGCUAUUGCAUUGGAUGGGACUGAGCCAGAAACAAAUGCAGCAACAGAGGACAGUGCUUGUCUCAAAAAACCCAGUCGCAAUUAUCGGGUGCAGUCAAGGUCAGAUGAUUCUGACUCUUAA